CAAGCAGCGCUGCCACGCCCCCUGCCCUGGCGGCGGAGGGAAGAUGGCGGAGUUGGACAUUGGGCAGCACUGCCAGGUGCAGCACUGCCGGCAGCGAGAUUUUCUUCCAUUUGUGUGUGAUGGUUGUUCAGGAAUAUUUUGCCUUGAACACAGAAGCAAGGACUCCCAUGGUUGUUCUGAGGUGAAUGUAAUCAAGGAGAGACCAAAGACUGAUGAACACAAACCUUACUCAUGCUCAUUCAAGGACUGUACUGAAGUAGAGCUGGUGGCCGUGAUCUGCCCUUACUGUGAGAAGAACUUUUGCCUAAGACACCGUCAUCAGUCGGAUCAUGAGUGUGAAAAGAUGGAGGUCCCAAAGCCUCGAAUGGCUGCCACACAGAAACUUGUCAGAGAUAUUGUUGAUGCCAAGGCAGGAGGGUCAGCAGGUAAGGGUCGCAGAGGCGCAAAAAGCAGCGGGACAGCCGCGAAGGUGGCGCUGAUGAAGCUGAAGAUGCAGGCCGAUGGCGAGAAGUCCCUGCCGCAGACGGAAAGAACAUACUUCCAGGUGUACUUGCCAAAGGGGAGCAAGGAAAAAAGCAAAGCCAUGUUCUUCUGCCUGCAGUGGAGCAUCGGGAAGGUCGUGGACUCCGCAGCCUCCCUAGCCAAUCUCAGGAAUGAGAACAACAAGUUGGCUGCGAAGAAGCUGAGGCUGUGUCACGUCCCCUCAGGAGAAGUCUUGCCUCUGGACCACACAUUGGAAAGUUGGAUCACGAAGGAGGAGUGCCCUCUAUAUAAUGGAGGAAAUGUUAUUCUAGAGUAUCUUAACGAUGAAGAACGGUUUUUAGAAAAUGUUGACUCUUACUUGGAAUAGCCAUUCAAGGAUUUGAGCCAGCAGAGUCCCUAUAAGCAGAAGUCAUUCUAAGUAGACAGUUUCUUUUACUACAGAUACUUUUUUAAAACUCUCAAAGUUGCUGUCUUGAAAUUUAUUUCCAUUUGGUCAUAAUUUAUACCAGUAGUUUUCUACUGAGUUCCAUGUUUUCUGUUUUAAAGUUUAACUGUGUGUUGCUAGUUAUUGGCAAAGUAUUUUUAUUAACUGUUUGUGGGUUAGGUUACCAGCAGAAGUGUCUUUCCUGGCAGACUGAUGUCAGCGUUGCCUGGCUGUUGGGCCACGUUCUGUGCUACUUUCACUCUGAGAUCCUGCUCAUACAACACCCACCUUUUUGUGAUUUUUGCCAUUCUAUGCCAGAGGAAGAUGCAGAUGGCAGACUCUUUGGUGGGGUCUUUCAAGUGGUACUUGCCAUCAUUGUUUAAAGCAAAUCCUAUGAUUAAGCCUAAUAUUAUGGGGUCAGAACAUAGCCUCCUUGUAAAACUAGAUCAUGUUGUGCGGAUUGCAGAAUCUUGCAGAUCCUCUCAUUCCGUCUUCCAAGCAUCUGGAUAGAAGCCACAUACCUAAGAAGGGAAGUUAUUUUCUUGGUAUCAUGUAAUUGCACUGGAUAUAUUUCUGGUAAGGAAUUUUCUCUAGUAGGAUUCAUCUUUUUGUUAGUAUAAAUGUAUCGCAGAUCAGAAGAGCAGUGGAAUAGACUGACUUUGUUACAGUCUUGCUUGCUGUACCAAAGCAAGACGAUUACUGCAUUUUAUCUCUAAUUUGAAAUAAGUUCUCUUGGGGAAUACUUUCUGUCUAUACCUGAGGAGAAUUAAUGUCUUCUGUUUAUACUGUAUAAAGGACUACGUACACUAUUAGAAGGAAUUAACUCCCCCCCCCCAACCCCUUUCUGUACCAGUUUUUUACAGCAGUAGGUUAACUGAGUAAACUGAGAAUAAAGAGUAAACCGAGAAUGCUCA